AUGGGAUGUUGUGUCUCUCGAGCUGCUGAUGACGAUAAUCCGCAUAGGGCAGCUGCAGGAGGCAAGCCCUUUAAACGAUCCAGUCUUACAUGGACAGCUGAUACACCUAUUACUCGGUCCCAACUCGAGAAACAGCGAGAAACGUUUUGGGAAACAGCACCCACUUUUGAGGGACGACCGGAAAUAUGGCAAGCAAUUCAAGCAGCGGUUGAUACGUCCGAUCUUGCGAUGGCCCAAUCGAUUCUUGAUGCAGCCAAUGUAAUUAUUCCUACUGGGAAUCCAUCGGAAGGAUGCUAUGAUGAAUUGGGUAAUCGAUACGUAAUUCCAAUGUACUGCCUUGUGGAUCCAACCAAUUUGAUGAAUGAUAACGACGCUACAACAGGAUCAGCAGCAGCAGCAGCCUUAUCGCCACCUUCUCCACCCACUGCUGGAUCAGCUUCCGUUGCACCUAUCGAUACGCCAAAAGCAUCUGUAAAAGAAAAGGCGUCCAAUAUUUCACUCGCAGGAUCCGAAGUGAGCUUGAUUCCCAUCACUGUACGUCUCUCUACUGCUCAAGAUAUCAAGGUGGAUAUUAGUCGUCAUGAUGAAACGGUCGCUUCUUUACGAACCCGCAUCUUUAUGCAAGCUGGAAACAACAUUACACCACAAACACAUACUAUUCGUCUUAUCUACUUGGGUCGAGUAUUACCGGAUGAUGAUAGAAUCAUAUGUGAGACGACAACAACAACAGGAGCAGCAGCAUCCCCUUCAUCAGCAGAAUCUCACAAGACAUCAAAAACUGUGGUCAUUGCUCAAGGUGCCGUCAUUCAAGCUCUCGUCUCCAAAAUAUGA